AUGGCUCCAGCCAACAGCCAUCACCAGGAAUGCUGCAGACGACAGAAAGAACAGCUGUGUGAAAAAUUUGAUUAUCUCUAUUCUGUACUGGAAGAAAGAAAAAAUGAGAUGACACAAAUAAUCACUAGAACCCAAGAGGAGAAACUGGAACAUGUCCGCUCCUUGAUGAAGAAGUAUGCGGAUCACUUGGAAGCCGUGUCAAAGCUGGUGGAAUCAGGAAUCCAGUUCAUGGAAGAACCAGAAAUGGCUGUGUUUUUGCAGAAUGCCAAAACAUUGCUACAAAAAAUUACUGAAGCAUCUAAAGGAUUUCAAAUGGAAAAAAUAGAGGAUGGGUAUGAAAAUAUGAACCAGUUCACUGUGAACCUCAGUAGAGAAGAAAAGAUAAUUAGAGAAAUUGAUUUUGACAGAGAGGAGGAGGUGGAAGAGGAAGAGGAGGAGACGGUGGAUGGGGAAGAUUUGGAUGAAGUCCACACAGAGUCGUCAGGAGAGGAAGAGGAGGAAGAAGAGAAGGAGGAGGAGGAAGGGGCUGAGAGAGCAUCACAGCCACCUCAGCAGGACCCUGAACCACAGAGUGCAGCAGGCGAGCCCCCAGCCGAACCUGCCCCAGCACCACAGCCUGCCUCCCCAGCUGGCCAGGAUGAGGUUGUGACACCAAGUGGCUCUCAACAGACUGCAGAGUCUGACAGUCCAGUGCCACCCGCGGCAGAAACCACCGACCCCUUGUUUUACCCUAGCUGGUAUAAGGCUCAGCCGCGGCAAGCAAGCAGCCCGAGCUCAACCCCCGGCAGCGGGCUGGGGAAAGUAGGGGCUCCCGUUUCUCUGGAAACAAGUGCAAAGAAGGCAGAAGCCCCGGAAGCAGCAGCAGUGGAGGAGAGCGCGCCGGGGAGCGGUAAGGAAAGUAAUGCCCCUGCAGCGACGUCCAAGACCGGCUCUGAACCGUCCCCUCAAGGACGAGCGGAGGAAACUCCCGUGAGCAAUGAGAGGGGUGGCGAGCCGGCUCGUCAUGUCUUCUCCUUCUCCUGGUUGAACUCACUGAAUGAAUGAUGACUCACUCCGGCUGGCUUCUGGUGUGCUCCUCGGAGGGACCGCAAGCGCAGGCAGCCUGGCUGGAAUCGACAAGGAAGCUGGCCUGGAAAGGGACAUCCGAGCAGCUUUCGUUCCCGGGAACUCAGUUGACCUCCACAUCAUGCCUGGCCCUUGAGACGACAGAGUCGCGACAGGGGUGGGAGCAUGGGGACAAACUGCUGUACUUCAGUGUGUCAGAGUGUUUUCCAAUUUCUGGUUUCCAAGGGAAAAGCAGCAUCGCUACAGCUGCAGGAUGAGCACUGCUACUGUUUUGUUAUUCACUCACUUUUUGGCACAUCCCCGUGUAGGUGUAAGUGCUUCACUGAUGUGAAAAAAAAAAAAAAAAAACACGCUGCUGUGAUAUUCUCCAGGAGCAUCCUGUGCCAGCACAGCAUUUCCCCUCGGUACCCUCCAGUGUCCAGCCUGUGGGGUGACCUCAGUGCCACCGCCACCCCCUCGGCACCCUAAAGUCAGGGUUACAUUUGGGCACCACCCGUGGCCCCCGGUCCCCGGGGUGCACCAGCACAUCCCGUGCCGCAGAGGCUGAGCGCAGGAGGGGUGAGGGAAGCCGCUGCUUCUUCCUUCUCCCCUUGCACUCACUUUUCCUGCUAAGCCACAGCGGGUGACGCUCACCUGCACAGAUUUCGGGCGGGGAGGGACGAGGAAGGUGUGUGCGUGCCAGACACCCAUGCGGGACAGCCCUGAGCGUGUGGGGCCGAUGCUAGGGAACACCUCGGGUGCGGUGAGGUGGCACAGAGCUGUGCCAUCAGGUCUUCACUUGAAGGCCCCACGGCACACCGUGGGGAGGGCGAACGGGCAGGAGAGGAGCCGUGCGGCCAAACCAGCUUCGCGCACGGGAGACCUGCAAUGAAGGUGACACCGCGCCUUUGGGGGACACCUCGGCAGCCCUUAAGGGACACCGGGUGGCUGCCGGGGGCGGGGGGCGAGUGCCGCAGGGACCAGGCGUCGGGCUCCGGGCAGGGGCUGAAAGAGCCGAGCUCGGCCCCGGGCACAGAGCGCCCCGCAGGGGGGGCGCCGUCGAGGACGGGGCUGCGCGGCCCCCGGGGUGCCACCCCCGGUGCCCGCCUCUUCGGGACUGCAGCCCUGCUUUGUGGCCGUUUCCCCUCAAAAUGCCCCGUGAGGUCCGGGCAGGGCCACGGGGACCGGGGCCGUUCGCAGCGGCUGGGGGGUGCUAAUUGCAAUGAAUCGUAAUUAGGGCUAAAGCAGAGCCCGUGCGGGACCACGCUCCGCUCUGCUCCCCUCGCACCCCGCACGGCGGGGGCGGCUUUGGGGCUCGCCCCGGGGUGCCUAGGCAAGAAAGUCUAGCCAGCCAUGGUUAUUUGCAGCUUUUAUUAAAAAUAUAAAUAUUAAACAUUCUCUUACACAACAAAAUUGACCGAGCGCUGAAAAGAUGUUUUAUUGUGAAAAUGUUUACAGGAAAAAAGUGGAUUUAAAGUAGCUUACAGAGAUUCCCCCUCCCACCUCCCUGCCCCCGCCAGGAAAGUUAUCUGGCUUCUCGGCGACAUUUCUUCCAAUGCGCACACAUCCCUACGCAGCGAUGCCACUAGAAAGACUGGGAAAUGGAGAAAUAAAUAAAGGUAGGGGAGGUUACGGACGACACUCGUGUUUCUGCACUUGGUACGCGGCCGUGCAUGCUAGUCAAGGGACAGAGGCUGUUCGGAGUACACCCUUCUAGGUUUAAAGCUAUAUAAAAAUAAAGAGAUGACAUCAGAGCAGCA